CUUCAUCCCAUUAAAUUUUGUUAAAGAACUUAAAAAACUUAGCACGAAACUGAAAAUAUAAUGGGCUGGGCAUACAUAAAGGACCAAACCAUAUAUGUAGCCGAGACUCCACUAUAAAGUUGGGCUACAGAGUUGUGAAUUUUGGCAAGUCCAAACUCGGUUGCUUGUCAAAAGGAGGCGGAAGGGAACACUAUCAGCCGAUUUAGACCCGCAACUUAUUGGUCCUUCCAGUCCAGUCUUUAUGAGAAGAAGAAGAAGAAGCAGAAGCAGACCAGAGUUUCUCCUUCAGUGUUCACUUCAGCCGGCUUUAGGCAUUGGAAUCGACCCAAUCUUUUGAACCCACAAUUCCAAACACGACUUCGUUGCCGCCCCCCCUUCAGACGCCCACAACCUGUUCGCAAAAAUGCCUGCAAGUAAACCGGCAGAUUCUCGCAGCUCAGCGCGCAACAAGCAUACCGGUACGUGAUCAAAUUUCUCUUAUUCUAGUUCUUCAUUCAAUUUGACCCUCGAGGAAAGGGAACAAUCCAAUUCCAGUAUGCCUUCUUUUCGUGCUGUACAACUGCUUCUCGGGUCCUAUUCCCUACGCAAGCGUCGAUUUAUUCUGCCGACUUCCCUCCUCUUCCAGGGAAGAUGGUUUAAAUCCCACAUUUCAUGUCGCGAAGCGCCAUCUGUUUUAAAUUCCAGAAACUCUGAGUUAUCCGAAAAGGCGUAUGUUUUCCAUAAUCGUAGUUUUAUCAGAUCUUAUUCUUCUGAAAAGAGCAGUGGCAAUGGGUCUAGCGAGUGGACUGAGAAUAUUGAGUAUCUAGAUGAGUCUGGAAGUGUGAUUUUCUCCGGUAAAGGCGUUCGGUCAGUUGAACCAGGUCUGGAUGACCAUGUAAUGGUGGGCGGACUCAAAAAGCCUUUUCUGAAUGCCUCGGCUGUUGCUAAGAUAGUUGAGAUCGUAUGGAGGUGGAAAUGGGGACCGGAGUUGGAAUCCCAGCUUGAAAAACUCCAAUUUGUUCCUAAUAUGACACACAUCACUCAGGCAUUGAAGAUUAUCAAUGAUGCUGAGUCUUCUUUGAGUUUGUUUCGUUGGGCUAAGAGGCAGUCCUGGUAUUCAGCUAACGAUGAAUGCUAUGGGUUGUUGUUUGAUGGGUUGAAUCAGAAAAGAGAUUUUGAUGCCAUUCAGUUGCUGUUUGAUGAGAUUGUUCGUGAUUUAAGCAAUGAUGGGACUGUGUCAUUCAGUGCGUAUAAUCGUGUGAUUCAGUAUUUGGCUAAAGCUGAGAAAUUGGAAGUGUCUUUCUGUUGUUUCAAGAAGAUUCAUGAUUCAGGUUUCAAAGUUGAUACCCAAACAUACAAUUCGCUUAUAACCUUGUUCUUAAACAAGGGUCUGCCUUACAAGGCAUUCGAGAUAUACGAGAGCAUGGGAGGAGCAGGGUGUUCUUUGGAUGCAUCUACCUUUGAGUUGAUGAUACCAAGCUUGGCAAAAUCAGGUCGUCUGGAUGCUGCAAUGAAGCUCUUUCAAGAGAUGAAAGAGAGGAAUUUUCGUCCUGGCCUAAAUGUUUUUACAACCCUUGUGGAUUCUAUGGGGAAAGCUGGGAGGCUCGACACAUCGAUGAAGAUUUACAUGGAAAUGCAGCUGCUAGAGCUCAGACCACCUGCAUCUAUGUUCGUUUCUUUAGUUGAGUCACAUGUGAAGGCUGGGAAGUUGGAUACUGCUCUCAAGCUUUGGGAUGAGAUGAAAAGGGCAGGUUUUAGGCCGAACUUUGGUUUGUACUCUAUAGUUGUUGAGUCACAUGCUAAAUCAGGGAAACUCGAGGUUGCUAUGUCUAUCUUCACCGAAAUGGAGAAAGCUGGAUUUCUUCCCACUCCAUCUACUUACUGCUGUCUCUUGGAAAUGCACGCAGCAUCGAGACAAGUAGAUCCUGCCAUGAAACUCUACAACUCUAUGACUAAUGCAGGCUUGAGACUCGGGCUAAGUACAUACACUGCUUUAUUGACGCUCCUGGCUAAUAAGAAGCUAAUUGACAUUGCUGCCAAAGUUUUACUUGAAAUGAAGGCCAUGGGAUUCUCUGUUGAUGUGAGUGCAAGUGAUGUAUUGAUGGUGUAUAUCAAGGAAGGUCAUACCGAUGCUGCUUUGAGGUGGCUUCAGUUCAUGGGUUCGUCUGGAAUAAGAACUAAUAACUUCAUCCUCAGGCAAUUGUUUGAGUCAUGUAUGAAGAAAGGAAUGUACGAGUCAGCUAAGCCUCUCUUAGAAUCCUAUGUAGACUCUGCUGCAAAAGUUGAUCUCAUACUUUACACAUCCAUCCUGGCCCAUCUUGUAAGGUGUCAAGAAGAGCAUAAUGAGAGAUAUUUGAUGUCCAUCCUCAGUGCUACCAGACAUAAGGCACACUCUUUCUUGAGUGGACUGUUCACUGGACCAGAACAAAGGAAACAACCAGUUUUAUCUUUUGUGAGGGAGUUUUUUCAGAGCAUCGACUAUGAGCUGGAAGAGAGCAGUGCAAGAUACUUUGUGAAUGUCCUCCUCAACUAUCUCAUUCUAAUGGGACAAAUAAAUCGAGCUCGAUGCAUUUGGAAGGUCGCUUAUGAGAAUAAGCUCUUUCCAAAGGCCAUAGUCUUUGAUCAACACAUCGCCUGGUCACUCGAUGUUAGGAACUUGUCAGUUGGAGCUGCCCUUAUAGCAGUCGUGCACACACUCCAUCGGUUCAGGAAGCGAAUGUUGUAUUAUGGUAUAGUUCCAAGGCGCAUAAAAUUGGUUACUGGACCUACUUUGAAGCUUGUGAUCGCUCAAAUGUUGAGCUCUGUGGAAUCCCCAUUUGAGGUUAGUAAGGUGGUUCUGAGGGCAACAGGAGAUUCUGUGAUGGAGUGGUUCAAAAAACCAAUCGUCCAACAGUUCCUUCUGAAUGAGAUUCCAUCAAGAUCAGAUAUCCUAAUGCACAAGUUGAAUACUCUCUUUCCCAGUUCUGCACCUGAAAUUAGAUCUCUUUCCCCUAUCAAACCCCUCAUUCCCAGGAAUUCAGCAUAAUUGUCAACCGUUUUCUUAAAAUAGAUAGAUUCAGGGGCUCUGCUUUUCAAGAGGUAAAAGAAUUUUGUCCUGUAAUUCAACUCUGAUAGCAUUUUACCUUUAGCUCCUGAUACUCAAGAAUUGCGAUAAAAAGAACUCUACUUGUUGCAAAUCACAUAAUCUCAUCCCUAUACACAUAAUUAU